AUAAAGGUUCUGUAUGCAACAAUAACUUAUAUACCUCUUAUAUACUUUUGUGUUUUCUUUGUUUUUGUUUAGACUUUGCUUUUUAGUAGUUCUAGAUCAUAUCAAUCGCUAUGGCAAAUGUGGACAGGCGUGUGAAUGUCGACCGUACUGACAAAGGACUUCAACUUCAGCCGCAGUACGAAGAUCGUGUCGGUUAUGGAUAUGGUUAUGGUGGUAAUACUGAUUACAAGAGUCGCGGCCCUUCCACUAACCAAAUCGUGGCACUUAUAGCAGGAGUUCCAAUUGGUGGCUCAUUGCUAGCCUUAGCUGGACUCACUCUAGCCGGUUCGGUGAUAGGUUUUAUGCUCUCCAUUCCGCUCUUCCUACUCUUCAGUCCGGUGAUUGUUCCGGCAGCUCUCACCAUCGGGCUAGCUGUAACCGGAAUUUUGGCGUCAGGGUUAUUUGGUCUGACGGGUCUCAGCUCGGUCUCGUGGGUCCUAAACUACAUCCGUGGGAGGAGUGAUACGGUGCCGGAGCAAUUGGACUAUGCUAAGAGGCGUAUGGCUGAUGCAGUAGGCUAUGCUGGUCAGAAGGGAAAAGAGAUGGGGCAGUAUGUGCAGGAUAAGGCUCAUGAAGCACAUGAUACUAGUCUGACCACUGAGACUAAUGGUAAGACAAGGAGGGCCCAUAUAGCGUAAGUAUGAAAGCACCCUCUGUUGUGGGCUUUUGUUGGAAAGACAAUUAUGUAAUUUUACUUUUGUGUCCCAGUUUUUUUCUCUUAGAAUAUAUUGUCAAUGUGUAAGUUCGUUUUGUCGUGUCCAAAUAAAAUAUUUUGUGGGUGAAAUAAGAAAAGAACUGUUGUCUGUUUU